AUGGAAGAUUAUGGAUCAAGGCUAAAACCUACGGACAGAACGCUUCCAAUAGCGAAUAUAUCAAAGAUAAUGAAGAAACCCAUUCCUAGAGAUGCAAAGGUUGCUAAAGAUGCAAAGGAAAUAAUGCAGAAGUCUGCCAGUGAGUUUAUAGCAAUAAUAACAUGCAGGGCCAAGGAGAUAUGUGAGUCUGAGGCAAGAAAGACGAUUACUGGAGAAGACCUGAUAAGGGCGAUGGAUGAGCUGGACAUGCCCUAUUAUGCAGAGCUUUCUCGAAAGUAUUAUGUGCAAUACCGUGAGCUUGCAAAGAGCGAAAGAGUUAGAAAGUAUUCGCCUAGAGAGUUUGGAUAUGGCCAGAUGUGA